AUCCUCUCAAUCCCCCCAUUUCCGAACGUUAUCCUCUGUCAUCUUCUUCAUCCUCUCACCAGCUGCUCGGUGCUGGCGGCAAAAUCCAAAUCCGCAUAAAUCCUAGGAAAAAAAUGGCGGUCUCCAUAGCAGCUCUCACAUCGUCCCUCUCUUCUCUCUCAUUUUCCUCCCACGUAGCUCAGAAGCCCAUCAUUGCCUCGUUUCCCGGCUCCAAAUCAGUGACUUGUUCGCACGUAUGCGGAACCGCCACACGUGCCCCUCGUCUGGUGGUGGCUUCCGUAGCGGCAGCUCCUCCUACAGAAGUGGUGGAGACUGAAAACCUCAAGAAAUACGUGAAAUCAAGGCUUCCCGGCGGUUUUGCAGCUCAGACAAUCAUCGGGACCGGUCGCCGGAAGUGCGCGAUUGCUCGUGUUGUACUCCAGGAGGGCACCGGCAAAGUCAUCAUCAACUAUCGCGACGCCAAGGAAUAUCUGCAAGGCAACCCGUUGUGGCUACAGUACGUAAGAGUACCGUUGGUUACUUUAGGAUACGAAAGUGGAUACGACGUGUUUGUGAAGGCUCAUGGCGGUGGCCUUUCUGGUCAGGCGCAGGCGAUUUCCCUUGGCAUUGCCCGAGCUUUGCUAAAGGUCAGUGAAGACCAUAGAAGACCUCUCAGAAAGGAAGGGCUGCUGACCAGAGACGCCAGAGUAGUUGAAAGGAAGAAGCCUGGUCUCAAGAAAGCUCGCAAAGCCCCUCAGUUUUCAAAGCGUUAGACUUGUCCUUCCUUUUUCUAUGCUGUGAACAUCGCAAGCCAUACAAAUAUCUUCUUGUGCACUAUAUGAACAGGUUUCAUUUGGAAAUGUAAAUGUAGAUUUAAAGCAAGGAAUUUGGUUUUGAUUGCUUA